CAGCCUGAUCGCCAUGCAAAGCGCUUCUUCUCUUCCUGCGAUAUGAUCAAGUAAAGUUUAUUCAACGACUCCUGAAACUACUCUCAUCAAUGGCCGUGACCUCAGCGGACAAUCUGCCUACCGACGCCCACCAGCAUGUCGGCUUCGUUUCUAUCAGCCCUGUGCGCGGCACCGUGGAACUCGUGUGGGCCUGCGCCUUUACAAUCAUACUCUGCACUUGGAAUAUUCAACAUCUCACGAUUGCUUCUCCCUACAAGUCCGCUUGGAUUGUCAUGGCCCACAAGAUCCUUUGGGCACUCUUGACCGUUUUUGCCCCGGAAUUUACAUGUUUGUGGGGCAUCCAUGAGUAUAUUUUUGCUCGCAUCCAAGCCCGGACGAUGCAGCAUCAUGGAUUUGGCUGGUGGACGAUGAAACAUUCAUUCUUCGCCAGCAUGGGCGGAUACCUAUUGGAGUACCAAAAUGAAGGCCAGAUCAUUGUCAGAUCGGAAGAGAUACUGUGGCUGGCAACUGAAAAGUUGUUAGUUCUACCAGAGAUUAAAUGUUCGGAGAUAGACGGUCUGGCUAGUGAGGACACCUUCCAAAAAGCAAUUACUGCUGUGCAACUUUUUUGGUUUGCUCUCCAAUGCAUUGGCCGCGCCGUGGGACGGCUGGAGUUCGCUCUGUUCGAACUCACAACGCUGUGCUUUGUCAGCUACACGAUUAUCACUUUGUUCUGCUGGUGGAAGAAGCCCGGCGGUGUUUCUGUACGAAGCAAGAUCUCAUGCCCCUCGAUCAGCGCCCAAGAUGUCGACAGAAUGCUCGAGAGCACAAAGGGCGAAAAACGUUCGCUGAUGCUAGAAUUACAUAUACGCCAAGUGGACUUUGAUGACAAUCCUCCCAUUGGUGUCUAUUGGGAAGCCAUGUUGAUUGUUUUCGUUGGAGGGGUUGGGGCAUGGCAUAUUGCUGCAUGGAACUACUCAUUUCCUAGCUCAGUGGAGAGCAUACUCUGGAAAGUGUCCAGCGUUGUCGCGACUAUGGGGCCGAUCAUUCUCUGGUACGCGGUGGAUUUGGGUUUCCCCUUUUAUUUCAUCUUCUUUGCUUACGCGACAGCACGGGUAUUCGUUGUGGUUGAGACAAUCAUAUCGUUGCGUUCAGCGCCGGCAGGGAUUUACGAGCGUGUCAGGUGGAGUGACUUUCUCCCUCAUGUGUGAAAAGAUAUACUUGCAUACUGGUCUGAUCAAUAGCUGCUGUGUUGAGCUUCUGCCACUUUGCUGCGAAGUUUGAUAUCUGAAUCCUUGCCAGACAGCACUGCCUUCAAAAUAUCAUGACAUUUCUC